GACAGGUUUUUGUUUUUUCUAGUUGCGUUUAAGGACAUGUUUCUUCACCAUCCAUGUGUCAACAUCCUGCAAAGUGCACUGAAGUUUUUCCCUCCAUGAGGACUUUCUUUUUCUCAUUUCCUGGACUUGGCUGUGGAAUGUUACAUGAUUUUUAUUGAACGCAGUUUUUUUUAAGCGUCGAAGCCCAGCAUGGCGUACGACUGGCUCUUCUUUCUACUCCCACUCUGGGCAGUUGAGGCAGCCUUCUCAGGGGUCCUCAACGCCACCGACAGAGACAUUUUUAUGGACGACUUACUGCAGGUCCAGCUGGCCGGGGACCGAGCGGCUGAGCAGCAGACGGCGUUUUCCCACCCGGGUCUGUAUUUUGGCCCGGGGGACGUACAGCAGAUGAAGCAGAGGUCCACCGGGAGCCACAGCCACAUAUUUAAAGUCAUCCGGGCGGCCGUGCUCACCAUGCUUUCCAAUGGACCCGCUUACCUCCCACCCGCCAAGCAUGAGGAAUUUACAAGCAAGUGGAACGAGAUUUACGGGAACAACUUGCCUCCCCUGGCGCUGUAUUGUCUGUUGUGCCCCGAGGACUCGGCCGCCCUGCAGUUCCUCAUCAAGUUCAUGGACAGGAUGGCGGAGUACAUCGACUGGAAAGUGAGCAGCGCGCCCCACGACGAGGUCCCCAUCGCACACUCCCUCACCGGGUUCGCCACGGCGUACGACUUCAUUUACACCUACCUGGAUGGACAGCGGCGAGACGUUUACCUCAAGAAGAUCCGCUCGCAGACGGCGGCGCUAUACGAGUUCUCCAAGUACAGGGGCUGGGGCCGGCAGUACCUCCACAAUCACCAGACCACCAACGUACUGGCCCUCCUGACCGGGGCGAUCGUGGUAGGGUCCAAUGACGACCCGGAGUCUAUGCUUUGGAAACAAGUGGCGGUGAACUUCAUGGAGAAAACCAUGUUCCUGCUCAACCACGUGGUGGACGGCACGCUGGACGAGGGGGUCGCGUACGGGAGCUACACGGCCAAGUCCAUCACGCAGUACGUCUUCUUGGCACAGCGGCACUUCACCAUCGACAACACGCAGAACAACUGGCUGGGGGCGCACUUCUGGUUCUACUACGCCACCCUCCUGCCUGGCUUCCAGAGGUCAGUGGGCAUCGCUGACUCCAACUACAACUGGUUCUACGGCCCAGAGAGCCAGCUGGUGUUCCUCGACGCCUUUGUCCUGAAGAACGGCACGGGGAACUGGCUGGCUCAGCAGAUUCGCAAGCACCGGCCCAAGGACGGCCCCAUGGGACCGUCGUCGGCGCAGCGCUGGGCCACGCUACACACGGAGUACAUCUGGUACGAUGCGCGUCUGGCCCCGCGGCCUCCCCGUGAUUUUGGAAAAGCCACCAUGCACAUUUUCUCAAACUGGGGCGUCGUAACGUACGGUGCCGGGCUGCCCAGCGGCCAGGGUAACACGUUUGUUUCUUUCAAGUCUGGCAAGCUGGGGGGCCGUGCAGUCUACGACAUAGUGCACGAGAAACCCUACACGUGGGUGCAGGGUUGGAACAGUUUUAACCCGGGUCACGAGCAGCCGGACCAGAAUUCUUUCACCUUUGCCCCCAACGGGCAGGUAUUUGUGUCAGAAGCCCUUUACGGACCAAAGUUGAGCUUCCUUAACAACGUUCUUGUCUUCGGUCCAUCACCUACGAGUCACUGUAACGCUCCUUGGGAGGGUCAGCUGGGUGAAUGUGCCAAGUGGCUGCGUUGGAACGAUGAGGGGGUGGGCGACACCAGCGGCGAGGUGAUCGUGGCGUUAGCACACGGUGACACCAUGUUCACCAGCGGGGAAGCGGCGUCGGCAUAUUCGCCCGCCAUGGGGCUGAGGAGUGUGUACAGAGCUCUGGUCUUGCUCAAUUCCCAAACACUUCUAGUGCUCGAUCACGUGGAGAAAGCGGCUGACUCGCCUGUGAGGUCGUUCAGUGCCUUCUUCCACAACCUAGACAUCGACUUUAAAUAUGUCCCGCUCAAGUUCAUGGACCGGUACAACGGUGCCAUGAUGGACGUGUGGGAUGCACACUAUAAAAUGUUUUGGUUCGACAGCCAGGGCCACAGUCCAGGAACUCGCAUCCAGGAAGCAGAACAGGCGGCUGAGUUUAAAAAAAGGUGGACCCAGUAUGUCAACGUCACUUUCCCGAUGACAGACUCGGUUAGCAGGGCAGCUUACGUGUUCCACGGCCCGUAUGUCAAAGUGGGCAGCUGUAAGUUUUUAGAUAGCAGCAAUCAUGGCGUGAGACUCAUGCUGACCAUUAAUAACACGGAGACGAUCGUUUCCAUUGUGACCAAUUACAAAGACAUUGGGGCGAGGUCGGCAUAUUUAGGGUACGGCGGCCACUGCAAGGUGGAAGAUCGACAGCGAAUCACCCGAUUCGGCCUCGGGACGCAGGCGAUCCCCAAACAGAUGAGCGGCGACAAUCAUCAGCUCUUUGACUUUGCCUUCACGCUCAACGUGAUGGUGGGUUUGAUUCUCUGCGCCGCCGCCGCCUUCCUCGCCAUGCAGAGGAGGUUUUACGAGGUGUGCUUCCGGCUGCGGCGGCUGAUGCGCUACGCCCUGCUCGCCGUCCUCUUGCUGUGGAUCGCCGGCUUGCUCUUUGUGUCCAACAGCUGCAAUCGUCUGCUCUGUGGGGUGAAGUGGAAAAGUGAGGCCGACUUGCAAGUUCGGGUGCAGGAGCAGCAGCUGUUCCCCCUGCCCACCGUCCUCAUCGCGACUCUGCCCGGCUCGGGGGCGGAGAUCCUGAAGCACCUCUUCUACAACAGCUCGGACUUCGUUUACGUCAGGCUGCCCACUGAGCACUUGGACAUCCCAGAGACAGAAUUUGAGUUCGACUCCCUGGUCGAUGCUUGCGAGUGGUCCCAGUCAGAUGCCAAGCAGGGGCGCUACAAGAUCAUUCAGGGCUGGCUCCACUCUCUGGUCCGCAACACCAAGCUCCACCUGCAGAACAUACAGCUCGAAGAGGGGGAGCAAACCUGGCCGGACCAGCUUGACACCUCCGACUCCGAUGCGAAGAAGCGAUCCAGGCGGAGAGAGCCGGUUGGGCUACGAGCCAACGUGGACAGAGACGUGGAGUACAUCAGAGUGCUGAGGCGCCACAUGGCUGAGUACCCAAACAGUCGCGUUGUUAUGAACAUGCGAAGCGGGAGUUGGACGUUGAAGCUGCCUUUUAUCAGCGAGGUUGUGGGGCCUUCCCUGAAGACCCUCUACGUGGUGAGGGACCCUCGAGCGUGGAUUUAUCUCAUGUUGUACAACAGUGAACCCAGUCUGUACUCCCUGAAAAACAUCCCUCAGCACCUUUCCUUGAUAUUCAAGGAGGACAACAUCAGGGAUGGCUGCCCGAGGAUAGCGCCGGAGUUUGACACCCUUCGAGGGCUUCUGGCCCUCGAGGAGAGCGACCCGGUGCUGAUACUGGCCCAUCUGUGGCUCGCCCACACUGCCGCUACGCUGCGGGUCAGCGGGAGCCUCCCCGCGGACUCCUACCUCCGAGUGCGCUUCGAGGACGUGGUCAACUCGCCCCAGGAGACGGCGGAGGGCCUCCACGCCUACCUGGGGGUGCCGCUGUCGCCCGCGGCCCUCAACCAGCUGGCGUUCACCACCUCCACCAAUUUGUACAGCCUGCAGUACGAGGGGGACAUCUCGCCGGCCAACAUCGCCGCGUGGCGGGCCAAAAUGCCGCGGCGGGACGUGAGGCUGGUGGAGGAGGUCUGCGGGGCCGUGAUGAAGAGGGUGGGCUACGACCGCUUGCCCGGCUGACUCCCGCUGCUGCUGUUGUUGUUUGCACUGAUUUUGAAACUUGACAUGUUAGACGGUGAGCGGGCAACUGGUGGUUCUUGUAGGAGGUGGGGGGCAUUUUCUAUUUUUAAAUGGAUGCGCUAGAACGUAUCAUUCGCACUUACCGAGUGAUGUGUGUGUGUGUGUGUGUGUGUGCGGGUCUUUAAAUUUAGUCGGGCAGAACUGUUUCCGUGAUUCUUAGUAAGAAAGGACCAGCUCGGAGUCCUCCAUCUGCGAUGUCAGCGUCUGAUUUUACGCUGCUGAAGAGAUGUACUGUUUUGGGACGCAUAUGACGACGCUAUUUAUUGAUUCCUUUUUUUGUUUGUUUUUUUUUUUUUUGGUGGUUUUGAUGCGCGUUGCAGGAUCUCCUCAAGUGUCAGUGAAGAAAAAGCAACAGGUCUUGGGAGCACGUCCGCCAAGUUUCUGGACUUGGAGAGUCGCGAAAAAGUCACAAUUUUGAAAUUGUAUGAUCGGACAUAAAAGAAAUUGCAUUUCCAAUAUCAGCCAUCAAAUGAUAAUAAUAAUAAUAAUAAAAAAAAAAUAAUACAGUCACAAGGCAGCUUUAAACAAUUUAUGCAAGGGGUCCCGUUUAUGGUGGAGUUCUGUUCCGAUGACUUUGCCGAACCUGAUUUUGUCAUGCAGUCUGUACCCCUAACCUAUGCUCACGCAGUAUUGUAAAUAUUUGUAUGAAAACCACUUUGUCUGGCCAUGAAUAUUACAAGUCACAAGUUAAUUAUGAGUAAAUUACAAAUUCUUACCUUCCAUGACACCGCGGAAGGCUUGCAAAAUAGUUCACCGGCGGGGGCGGAACGUCCUCGGUCGGGGCCCCAUCGUCAACCGAGGACCCCCUUUGGAACGUAGUCGGGUGGGCUUCCAUCCACAUAGAGUCGUUCCUUUGCGUUCCAACUGUUGUUUUGUAUGCCUUGCCAGUUCCCGGGACCGGUCGCUUUUUCACGAGAUCGGAAAAUGCCAAAGGCCUCAUUUUGGCCGGCUGAGCGAGUGCCGCUUCCCUUUAAAAAGUGCCGUCAUCGCUCCACGGAUUGCAUUUCCGAUUUGGAUUUUGUUUGUGACGUUCAUUUGAAGAUGUCGUGACUGUUUGCGCACUUUUGACUCUAGUCGGGGGUUGGGGGGGGGGGGGGGGGAUUAAUGUACAUACUCCUGUCGUGGCUUAAGAUUGUUUCAAGUGUUUGUGGCUUUCAAAGACGUCUGUCACCCAAGGGUGGGGGUGUGUGGAUAUCAUUCAUAUUCACACUCCCUCCGCUAUUUAUUGAAUUAGAUCAAGGGAAAGUGUUUAAUGUUGAUAUAAAAAAAAAAAAAAAGUCACCGUUAGCGUGACACAUUUCCAGUCAAAGCAAUUUUUCCAGAGAUCCCCCCAAGACACACUUUGUAUUAAUCUGAAAAAUGUCAGUUUCCAUUUUUCUGCCUCGGUCAAUCAGACGUCUAAUGAUGUGGUGAAGGUUGGGGGGGGGGGGGGCUCUUACACCGCGACCGUCCACAUGGCGCGUCGGCGUCCUCCUCGCGAGUGUUCGGUGCGCGGCCCCUCGAUCCCGACGCUCGUC